AUGCCUCAAGAACUUCCAACCCAUGCUACCGUCAUUGCCAUGAAUCUUAGUUCACCACCUAUAAAGGCGGAUCCAUCCUCCACAGGGCGUAGACCUGUCCUGACUUCGUGGAAGAGAACGGAGUGGGGAGGAGAUCGGGAACGCUGGGGUGUGAGGCUAGCUAUGGGCUUAAAAAAUAAAAGAGAGGGGAAACUAAACUACCCCACACCCACCACACCCACCACACCCCCCAUCCACACCACACCAACACCCAUCCAUCCGACACGCCGCUGA